UAUUGCAUGACAUAAGUAUUUGAUCACCUACCAACCAGGGAAGGAGAUAAGAAGGCCGUUGUGGGCGGUGAGUUGUCUGGACAACUAUCACAAUAAAGUUGUGAAGUAAAGUACAACAUGUAGCCGAAAGUUCACUGCUCACCUUUUUCAACUUUGUCAUUUUCCAUCGUCAUUUUCCAUUGAACAUAAAUGGAAAACCAUGAGGUUGAAAAAGGUGAACAUUGAACUUUCUGAUACAUGUAGCAAUCUUGACUAACUGUGGGUGUGUCACCAGUCUGUGCAUGUGUGUCUCAUGCCUGUGUGUGUUUUGUGUUUGUUUCCUUUGUCUAUGUCUGUGCUUCUCAGCCCUGCUGACACAGACGUUCCAGGACCACGUGAUGGUAUUCACCCAGACUAAGAAGCAGGCCCACCGGAUGCACAUCCUCCUGGGCCUGAUGGGGCUAAAGGUGGGGGAGCUGCACGGGAACCUGUCCCAGACCCAAAAGACUGAAGAGCCCCAGGUGAUCAACUUCACCAUGCCCAACACAAUGAAGACAUUGGUUGGGCCGCACAGCCAGAACCUGCAAGGUGGGUCGCUCUGUGUCCAUGGUGGGCGAGACAGAGAGGCAGAUGCUCAAGGACAUUGUCAGGAAGGCCAAGACCCCUGUGAAUUCCCGUGUCAUGGCACAAGGUAAAAGCUCAACACUAGGACCCUUUUAAAAUACUGCAGAAAUGCAUCUUUCCUUCCUUGUGUACUUGAGAUAAUAUCUAUAAGUGUUUGGAUCGGUAUAGGCAGGGAUAUCACCCUGUUAAUUUGAACAAUUCAAAUCAUUCAGAUCACUGAUUACUUAAAGGAAGGUAAGGAUUCAUUUCUAAAGUUUUCAAAAUGUUGAAGUCGAUUUCUAUUGCAACGGGACUCAUCUGACUAAAUAAAAUAAAAGGAACCUCGGUAUACCUACUCCUCAUUCAAGAGGGACUCUAGUCUU